UCCUAUCCUACCCAUCUUCUUCCUCGCAGCGACCGGCGUCGACGUCCAUGGCUCGCAAGAAGGUGGCCAUCGAGUACAUCGCGAGCGACCCGACCCGGAAGGCGACGGCGAGGAAGCGCGACAUGGGGAUCAAGAAGAAGGCCGGCGAGCUGUCCGUGCUGUGCGGCGUCGACACGUGCUACAUCAUGUACCGCGAGGGCGGCGCCUCCCCGCCGGAGGUGUACCCGUCGGUCCCGGAGGCGAUGCGCGUCAUCGACCGCUUCCGGUCCAUGCCGGAGCUGGACCAGUGCAAGAAGAAGAUGGACGGGGAGGACUACGUCCGUGAGCGCAUCGCCAAGAUCCAGGAGCAGCUGCGCAGGGCGCAGCGCGACAACCGCCAGCUCGAGACCACGCUGCUCCUCCACGACACCCUCGUCGGCCGCCGCCAGGGCCUCGCCGGCGUUGCCAUCGAGCAGCUCGUCAGCCUCGGCUGGAUGGCGGAGAGCUACGUCAAGAAGGUGAGCGACUGCAUCGCGUACAGGAACAUGCAGCAGCAGCAGCACGCCGGCGUGCAGGCUGAGCCUCCGCAUUACGGUGCCACCGUCGCCGACAUGGAGGCGCCGCCGCACCAGCAGCUAUAAAUAAGACAUACACCCUCUGGUCGGA